GCUUCUAUAACCAGACUUCAUUUUACUUACUGAUUUCUGUACGUUUUUAGCAAAAUAAAAAUAAAAAAGUGUUUUUUGGUUCGUUUCGAGUUUAAAUAUUAAUUUUGAUCACGAUGUUGCCCAAAAGUCCACGCAUUCGUCAAGGAAAACAGACUGGCUUGUCCUCAAUCCCUCAGAAAGGGUCGCCCAGAGCGCUCUACUCCAAGUCACUUAUUUCCUUACAGGCAAAGAAACGCCACAUUUUGGGGCAGCGAAAUUUGAAGAAGGAGAAUGUCUUCGCAGACCAGGAGAACAACAAAAAGCUGCUGAACAAAAUACCCAAGGCUGUGCUACUGACACCCUCUUCCUCGGACAACUCCAUGACCACCACGGUUUCCAGUAGUGGUCAACCCAGCUACACGGUUAUGCCAAAAACCAGUCUGCUCCGGGAGCCCUCCUCCUUGACCCCGUACUUGACCCUCAAGCGUCAACAGACAUCGACUUUGAUUAACUUCCGAGUGCGCAAAUCGCUUUCCCAAAUGGACUUCAAAGAGGCUCGUCGCACAGGAAGCUAUCAGCUAAUGACCCAUGUGCCCUCGCCUAAGAAAACUGUCCAGAAGUUGGCGCAGGAAGAAACUGGAGCCUCGGGAUUGGAGGGCAAGAUGAGCCAGUUGGUGCUGCAGGACAACGCUCUAAUUGAAGGACAGAUGAGCUUUGUCGUUGGCCCAGAUCAGGAUGCCCGGGUGGCCAGCUUGAGGAUCUUCAACACCAUCAUGCUGCACGCUUGGCGCAGGAGACGUGAGGAGGUUCGUCAACUCAGCGAUCAGGUGGAGGACUACAAAAAGAGUUUUGUGAAGAAUCGCAACCAGUUGCAUGUCUAUAACUCGCUAUUUUCGGUGGAGAAACGUCGCAAUGAAACUUUGAAUGAUCAGCUCAGGCAAUCCUAUCGUGAGAAUGCCCAGACAAAGCUCUCCUACGAAGAACUGAGUCUAAUGCUGGUGCAGGUUAAAACCGAGAAGGAGAAACUGGCCGAGGAGUUGGCCAUCAAGGACCAGGACAUCGGGAAUCUGCAGGAGAUGCAACAGUCCCUCAGAUCGGAACUCUUCCAGGUGAGCAGCCAGCAGCGGGAGCAGCUGGAGCAGUUGACCCGCCUGCAACGCGAUUACCAGGAGAGUCAGUCUGCACAGGAUGAACUGGGCCGCCAGCUGGAUCUACUCCAAAUCGAUUUGGCCCUCAAGCGGGAUUUCAUCGAUAAGCUGCGCGAAAAUAUGGCCAAACUGGAGGAUCUCAAGCGGGGAUCCGAUAAGCAGUAUAGCAUGUUGCUCGAGCAAACCUUAAAGAUGGAGCGUUCCAUCGAGGAGAAAGAGGAGCAGCUGGUCACCCUCCAGAAUUGCUUGGCCGCCACCUUGGGCCAGAGGAUCCGCCAGUGCUUCGCCCAGAGCCAGGCCUACCAGCAUGCCACAUAUCGCAUGCUGCACUUCGUGGCCCACUAUAUGCUACCUGGUACUCCGCCACCGACACCUUCGUUUCCAGGAGCGGUCAAUAGACUCAAGGGAUUUUUUUCACGGGGCUCAGAAAUUGAUCUUGAGGAGGUCGAUAAUUCUGACAUUACCGAGAAGGUUGUUAAAGACCAAGAACAAGAAAAUCCCAUUUAAUAAUUUCUUGAAGUUCUUUACCUUAUUUGUUUUGUGAUUGCUACUUAUUGUUGUUUAGAUUUUCAAUAUUUUUCCUUACGGUUGAUAUUGCUCUUUAAAUCUUUGUUGGCAGUUUUAUGAAAUAAAUACGAAUA